ACAAAGCUCUACUACUUUCUUUUGCUAAUGGUUAAUGUUAUUUGUAGCCUACAUCUGUUACCAACAUUUAAAAUGAACUGGGUUACAGCAAUGAAUUUGCGGCUGUUUUGUCCGUUGCUAGUGUAUUUUGUCGUUUUGGCUCCGGCAAUGUAUUUUGAUUUGGGAAAACAGGAGGAAAAAUGUAUCAUUGAGGAGAUUCCAGAGGACACACUGGUGACAGGUUUCUUCCGGGUAGAGUAUUGGGAUGAAAAUAAGAAGGCCAAUACCCCACACCUUGGUUUAACCGUCACUGUGAGAGAUCCACAGCAUUCGGUAAUCUUGUUAAAACGCUUUGGGAGAUAUGGAAAAUUUACCUUUACGUCCCAUGCUUCGGGUCAGCAUUUCUUAUGUAUGAAAUCCAAUUCAACCAGGUUCUCUGUGUUUGCUGGUGACCGCUUGAAAGUGCAUUUAGAUGUCCAAAUGGGUGAGCAUACCAUUGAUCCUAGUGCUGCCAAAACAAAAGACACUAUGAAUGCAAUAGAGUACAACCUGCAACAUCUCAUUGACCAGAUCCGGUACAUUAGCAGGCAGCAAGACUUCCAGAGGGAACGUGAGGAGAUGUUUCGUCAAAUGAGCGAGGAAACAAAUGGAAACGUUUUGUGGUGGGCUAUUAUUCAGACAUCGAUACUGCUCUCUGUUGGAUUCUGGCAAAUGAAAAGCCUUAAAGACUUUCUCAUCGAAAAGAAGUUGGUUUAGUUUUAUGAAAUUAAGCCUGUAUGUUCUGUAUGCAAUCUUGUUAGAAACAUUUGAAAAAAUACAUGUGUGCAAAUGACCGGAUAGUUCACCCAAAUAGGAAAAUUCUCCCAUCAUUUACUCACCCUCAUGCCAUCCAGGAUGUGUUUGACUUCCUGUCAUCUGCUGAAUAUAAACAAAGAUUUUAAGAAGAAUAUCUCAGCUCUGUAGGUCCAUACAAUGCAAGUCAACAGGGUCCAAAUCUUGGAAGCUCAAAAAAGCACAUAAAUGCAGGAUACAAGUAAUCCAUUAGACUCCGUAGGUUUAUUUGUUUAAUUUAAUAUUUAGUCCUUUCAGAUGGAAAACAUUUAUACAUAUAAAUGAUGCGAUCCAAAGUGCAUUUGAACAGCGGUGAAACAAUUUCUUAUGAUGUGUUACAUUCAUACGAGCAGACAGAGAAGUAAGUUUGAAGUAAGUUUGGAGCAGAAGAAAUAUUAAAUAAACCUUGUGUAAAUUGUCAGCUUUGCGCUAUGCUAAAAUGCUAUUUCUAGCCAUGUUACAUGCACAUGUUACCAGACAUGAUCAUAUUUUUUUUUAUCAAGAAAAUUCACGUUGGAUCAUAAUUAAUUUUUUCUAGUAAGACCUUUAAUAUUAGGGCAAAAAUCGUAUUCUUGAUCAUUUUUGUAUUUUUUCUCUGUAAAAAAUAUCUAAAAAUCCUUAAAACAAGAUCAGUUUGAUUUAUAUUGUUUUAGAAACAACACUGGAUAAGAUAUUUCAGUUUUUCAGAAAAUGUAUUUUUAACAUGUGUAUUUUGUCUUACUGUACUGGCAGAGUUUUUAUAAUCAAAACAAGAGAAAAAAUCUACCAGUAAUCCAAAGUAUUUAGAAUACAUCACUGACCUUGAGUAAUCUAAUGGAAUACAUUACAAAUGUAUUCUGUAAUCUGUAGUGGAAUACAUUUAAAAAGUAACCCUUCCACCCCUGCUUAUAUUGUAUGGACCUACAGAGCUGAGAUAUUCUUCUAAAAAUCUUUGUUUAUGUUCAACAGAAGAAAGAAUGUCAUACACAUCUGGGAUGGCAUGAGAAUGAGUAAAUGAUGAGAGAAUUACAUUUUUUGGGCAAACUAUCCCUUUAAGGGAUAACUAGUUUCAUUCUGCAAUGACCUUAUUUCAUAACUGGACUAGUUUCAAUAAAUUCA